AUGUGAUGCUGAAGAGACAAGGUCGAGGUGUGAGUUUGCGUAGUUAACCGCACAAAUACGUCAAGUCUCUAGUGUUAAUGACUUUGCGUCACUAGAAUAUGUUAUCAUCAUUAUUUGGUCCGAUUGGAGAGUCAUCUUUCCCGAGCAGUGGAGGUGGAGCGCGCAAACGCUGCACAUAAGGGAACGCGCGCACCUGAAAGUCUCUGUACUGCAAGUUAAUAGAGAAGCAGUGCAACGCAUCAUUCUCUCCUAAGACAAACUGAAUACCAUCUCAUUCUAUUUAUUUAUAAGGCGUGUGCAGAGCUGCGGGUUCGAGGAUGUUUUGCGGUUGGAUUUUGCUGCUCGUCUUCCAGGUAUUUUUGCUGCUCCUGUGUCCUGGAAACUCGCGCUGUGCACUCGAUUAUCCGCCUGAUGGGAGCAAGGCUCAGUAUAAACACUUUGAGAAACGUUACGAUGAUGUUGAUUAUGACAGUUUUAUCGGCCUGAUGGGCAGGAGGAGUACAGGUCCAAAUCAUUCCACAAAUUCACCAUUUAGACAUAAUAUGAAUGAUAUUUUUGUUGGACUGUUAGGACGCAGAAACACUAUGUCCGCUGUUCCUGCUUGGAGAGGGGAACGGAAAGGUAACUUCUUCUCAAAAGACAGAAGGCUGAGGUUUUGAUGUGCUGUAUGAAGCCUAUCUCAUUGGUGUAAAACUCAUCCACCAUGGAGUUAUACCAUUCAGAAGAAAGAAAAGUUUUUUUUGUCACAGUGCCAUGAUUGAAUUGUGCGAUUUUCAUUUUGAUAUGAUGCCAUUUAUUUUAGUGUAUUUUAUGUGGAAUAUGAGUCCUUACAUCUCAAUAAUGUUUCCUAGUACAGAAUGCACCUGUAUUGAUAAAAGAGGUUUGGAUAGAUUUACUUAGUUCUGAGAAAUACCAAAAGGAUCCAAUUGAGAUAUCGUAUUGUGAGAUACGAUCCAAUUUAAUAAUUUGAAUUGCUGUAGCAAGACCUUCUGAAGCAUUGCAAAUAUGCUAUUUAUACAUCAUCCAUAUAUAUAUAUAAUUUAACAUAUUAUAUAUAAAAAAUACCCAACCUGAAUGAAUAAUAUUUGAAGAAAUAUAUUAUUUUAGUAUAGGAACACAAAUUACAUUUUCUAACAUCCACAGAGACCAGAAAAAAAAUGAUUUCAUGUGAAAUACUUAUUUAAUAUGCUGGUUAUUGUUCCUCAUUGAUAGAGUUCCUUAUAGUCAAACAUUUGUCUCAGCCUUUUAUAAAUAAAAUAUUGCUAUGGAAGUACUGUACAUGAUUGCCUUUUUACAUAAAAGAUACUACUGAACAAUAUAUAUAAGCAAGUAUACAUUUGGAUUAAAGACAAGGACAUGAAACUCGACGAAGGACGAUUUAUAAAACAUUUCCUUAAGACAACGCACUAUGGACAAGAGAAAAAAAAGACAAUAGUUAUAUUGUAAAAAUUUUACAAUGAUGAAAUGGUAAAUGAAAUCAAAUAAAAAGUCUUUCAGAAAGAUCUUUUUGCCACGAUUAAAAUGAUCUCAACAUACUCAAUUGAU